AUGGAGAGCUAUUACCUUCCGAGUCAGUCAGAUGCGGUAACUCUUAGUGACACAUCGUCCGUGUCCACUAGUCUUGCACCUAGUGCUGUGGGGGAGGAAGAGUUCGAGGAUGCUGAAACAGACGAUGAUGAUGAUACAAUUGAGGAAGAGUCGAUCAUUUCUAUGCCCAGAGCACGCGGCCCUCCAUCUACUAGCACGCUGGAUCCGCCGUCACCUGGCAUUGCGCGUGGCCUGGGACAGGGACCUCUUGGAAAGAGUGGCUCGAAUAUCCCCUCGUCCAUGCUGGGAAAUUCGCCAACUACACCUCUGGGCCCGAGUCUUCAUACGCUUUCAUCUGAAUCCUCUUUGAACGGUCCGCUUCCGAAGGACCCGGCACCCACGUCAGCAAUACCAACGUCAGCGUUCACCCCAUCUUCCCGUCGCGGUCUUGAAUUCCGCGGUGGUGCAUCUUUCUUUAAGAAUUUAAGAAAGAAGAAGGAUUCUGAUGAACCACCGCCCCAUGAAGAGGUCGGCGGGACUCGUUUGAAUCAACUCUCCCCCUCUCAUCCUGAGACUGCCCCCGUGGCAAAGCCUUUGCCGAUUCUUGCUACAACCCAGUCCCCCCCCGGGCAGGUGGACAAGACGCCUGCGCCUGUGCCACUCGGUGCAGUGACGCCUCGUGCGCGUCAGACAGGUUCUGCACGCCCUGGAGGUGCUUCUAUCGCGUCAUCCCAGCCUCAGCGUGAUUCUGCCCGUAUUCGCCCUGCGCCUAUGCCCCCACGUAUGCCAGGUGUGCGUCGCGUCUUGGUCAAAGGUGUAUCGCCGCGCACGCUACAAGCGUUAUUGUUCUAUAUGUACACAAAUCAGGUCCACUUUGUUUCCAUUCCCCACAUGCCGCCACACGGACACAAGAAUUCACUGCACGAGGAGGCACUAAGCCACCUCGGCAACGGCUCAAAGCAAAACCCUGCAUUAUGGCCACCUGCUUUCUCGAACAAAGCAGCGUACUGCCUGGGCAAGCAGCUCGAUCUUCACGACCUGGCUGUCCGGGCCUUCGAGCAUAUUUCCAUGAACUUAUCAGUCCGCUCUGUGCUCGCUGAUUUGCUCUCGCCAUUUGGCGAUCGCUUUAGCGACGUGCAGCGAGUCCAUCUCGACUUCAUUACCCAGCACUGGGAGGAAGUGAAGACGCGUCCGGACUUUGUGCCUAUUGUGGAAAAUCUUGCUCAGGGUCAAUACCCUAAGUCAAGUGCGAGCCUUUUCCAACUGUUUUCCAAGCUCAGCGUGCGUCCCUAA